GUUUCGCCACUGAGGAACCCGCGUGCCUUGCGUUUUAACGCGAAGAAUUAGAAAUUUAUACAAAAGCGCAAGUAUGUCCGCACAAAGGACAAUGUUCGUGAAUAAACAGUUCAACUCUCCUAUCAAUUUGUAUUCACCUCAAGCAAUACAGGAAGCCUUGGACAGACAAACUCAAGUUUUAUCUAAUGGCGCAGUUGGAAUUGAUUUCAAUCAGCUCGCAAAACCAGCAAAUUUACAAAAUAGUGCGGUUCUACGAAUGCUCGAAGAAGAAGAGGCUAGGCAACGAGCUGGUCAAGCUGAUUUCAGCCACUGAAGCACGAAGUCGCGCAUUAACCUAAAUGAAGAAGACUAACAAGAAGCGAAUCUUAUGCUGCAAGCUGUUAAUCAUGAGCCAGGGAGACUAAUAUCACUUUCAGUCAAGCCAGUUUAACGUAUCUACGGAGAGGUAUUGGCCAGUUACCAAAAAUUCACCAAAAUCGGUGGUUAGAAUGAUCUGCGAUAAUGAAAGGUAUAGGUGACUUCGGGAUAGCAUCAGUUGUUGGUCUCAAGCGCGUAGCUUGGCCACCACCUCCGGAAGAUCAAGAUUUCGACUUUGUAGAGCAAGGACCUAUACAAGCGAAGACCCGUGGAAUCGGUGAUCUCGCCUCGUACCAGAGCAGUCCCUCAUCAGGUUCAUCACCUCAGCCGCCCUCAACGAUAGCUCGUUCCUCGACUCGGAGUGCUAUACCAUCCUCUCCAUCCCCGGUUAGUCCUGGUGGAACACUGCGACAACCGUCAUAUUUCCAAUCAACGCCAAAGGGUUGGCAUCCGGUUACACCACCGGCAACUUCACCGCAACAAUCGAUUCAACCAAAUUGGUACAAUCAACAGCAACAACAGAAUCAGCAAUUUCAACAGCACUCUCAAGAUUAUACUUCUCUACGAUCGAUACAAAAUCAAGCUCCUACGACAUUUGAAGCACCACCAUCCACAAUCAUACUUCGCCCAGAGCCUCCAAUUUCACAGGCACCAGCGCCAGUUUAUCAAGCACAACCUGCUGCAACUAAGGCUCCCAUAAGUGGAAAUAUGAGAGGAGAUCUGAAGUGGCCGCCACCAUCAGUUAAAGCUCAAACAGAAGCUGAAAACAGAGCUAGAAUGGAAUUGGCAAAAGGUCCUGCUUUUAGGCCUCGUAGGGUGCAGAAGGAUUAUUCCGGAUUUUUCGCUCAACAUGCUUUGAAUAAUACAUAUCCAGGUUAUCGAGCUCCACCAGGCACUCAAUAUUUUACUCCUUCUUAUCAUCAUUAGCAAAUUUAUUCAAAAAUUAUUUACUUUUCUCGUAAUUUUAUCCUGAGCUCGAUUUUUAUAACUUUUGCGAGAACCAUGAUGCAUAUUUUAUUCGAAUGCUGCAAAAAUUCUUUUAAAUUUUAAACAAAAAAAUAAAAUCACUCAGGAUCAUUCUCAUUGAAUUUCGAAAUUUGUGCAUUGAAAAAAAGAACCAAAAAUAUAAAUAUAAAUAUAAAUAUAAAAAUAAUUCAAUGUUUGGUUAAUAUAUAUGUUUCGAUUUAUUUUUUUAUAUAUAAGACUUAGAACUGUACACGUAUAACUUAUACGUGUUUUGCUCUUCCAGUUCUUAGUUUAAAAUAAUAGAAUUUUCGCAAGAUAUACAAAAGGUUCUUAAAAUGUAUUCUUAAAAUGUAUCCAAAUUUCGAAUUUCAAUAUAUUUUGUAUAUAUUGAGACUGAUGGAACAUUGGCUUUUUAUUGCCAUGACUUAUACUCUCAUAUUUGAACAAUAACUGAAAAUAACAAUAAUAUAUAUUUUAAAAAUAUUUAUCAUAUUCUUUUCCGUCUUUCUCUUUUAAAUAUGAAUAAAAAUUAAUGCUUUCAGCAGUACACUGUUAUUUUCCAUAAAAUAAUCACAAUUAAGUCAAAUACGUAUUUCUAUAGAAUAUUAUCAUUGAUAAAAAAUCUUUUAAUUCAGAUUUCGACGACUAACGAACUCAAUAUUAGAAUAAAUCGAAUAAAAUACGAAAAAUAUUAAUGAAUAAAUCAUUAAUAUCGAAAAUAUUUGAAAAGAAAUUGACCAUGUGUCUAUUAAACGAAUAACGAAACUUUUUAAUAAUGUAAUAUAUCGAUGUGUAUAAAUAAAAGAUAUUUACAAAUAACA